UUGAGCCAAUGCUGAUGAUGAUACCGCGUACACCGACCCUGACACAAGUCAGCCUAUGAAGCUUCGCUUAAAAGAAGAGAACGACGACGACGAAGUGUGGCGUCGUGGUCUAUCGCGAUUGGGUAACGUGCACGCGCGACAUGGUCGAAUGAGCGGUGGCAUCGUGGUGUUCGGAAUAUGUGGUGUGCUGCGAUUGGACCACGUGUGCGGAGCGUGUGCCCAAAAUGGUGCGGUGGAGGGACAGGCGGAUCAGAAGAGAGACGGCGGCCAUCAGCGGACGACAUCGGACGGGGCUGACAUUCCGGGAUACCCAAGCGAUCCGAAGCCGGCGGUUGGAGCGAGGUCGGAGGCCACCUGGCAUUCCGAGAUUACCAGGAACAGGCAGGCGGGAUCCAGGGUUACUGUGCGGCCGAGGACAGCGAGGCCCGGGCAUAUCUGGGUGCCUGUAUCAACCGCCAGCGAACCCUGACCCACGACCUUCCACUCGUCUUCGCCACCCGCCACCUCACGCUCUCGAUGUCUCCACCAGCCAGAGCCAGCACUAACCACGCCACAUCUGCCCGUUCGAUGCCCGUGAGCGUACAUAUGCUCGCGCUUGGUGCCUGUGUCAACCGCCAGCGAACCCUGACCCACGACCUUGGACGAGUCGUCGCCGCCCCCGUCUUCGCCACCCGCCACCUCACGCCCUUGAUGUCUCCACCAGCCAGAUCCAGCACGCACCACGCCACAUCUGCCUGUUCGAUGCCCGUGAGCCUACAUAUGGUUUCUAAGGAGAUGGCUCCGCCAGAUUCACAGCAGAUGGUUCGAACCCUGGGGGUCAGGGAAUGGCCAUACACGGUCGCCUUAGAGGCGGGCCUGGUCUAUACGGCUUGCCACGUGGUCUACUACAUAUUCUCCCAGACUGGCCACAAGUCGUUCACCCACUUCCGUCUCACUUGCCGCGAUGCCUUCCCUUACUCCCACGAAGGUUGCGUGGCCAACGUUUGCGAGCCAGCAACGUUCGAGCAGCGCCACACCUGGAAGAGGCUGCCCUCGGACGAACGUGUGUGGGACGCCUUGGGGUGCCACCCUCGCAGGGCCCUCGAUUACACCGACGAGGUGGAGCAGCAUCUUGUUGGCGCUCUGGUCCACCACAGCAUGAUAGUCCAGGACGAGCUCGGGCUCGACUACUCCAACCGGUCCGGAGACGACGGGGAGCCCGACCAGGUCAAGCCGAAGUGCUUCGCAGGCAGCUCGCAGUGGCCACACGUCGGCGCCUGCCUCUGGUGCUUCACUCCCGGGACGCGACAGCAGUCGAAGAUACGCAUUCUCAAGGAGAUGGUUCCGGCUGACCGCCCCGUGCACCAGCACUUCGUUACAGGCCACUCGAACUAGGCGAAGUGCUGGCUGGAUACUUCCCCGCGGCUCUGCCUGGCCAUCACGCCGUUUCUGGGUUUCUCGGGAGUCGAACCACUGGUCGAGGCCGCGUAAAUCUGUUGGAUCGACUGCUGCUCGAGGCGGACGCUCCGUUCUUCCUGCCCAAGAGGGAAUCAAAGAGGCUCACCUGCUGGCUGGCACCCGGGAAUGGUGAUUCACGUCGCAACUCGCCUGAUGACGUGAUUACCGCGGUUCAGGAGAAAGCGGGGCGCAUCUACGGCAUAUGACGUUUCCUUGAUUUGAAUGCUACUUUGCCCGUUAUAUCGCGAUUAUUUUAUUAUUUACAGUGUUUUGUUUUGUACGAUUUUUGCAUUUGUGUUCCCGCAGAUAAUUUUGCGGUUGUUUAUUUGUAUCAAUCCUCUUCUUUAUUUUGCUGCUUUAAAACUUUCUUUUUUAUUUCUGUCUCGGGCUUUGGGACCGUUGUCUGUAUAUUAUUUGUGUCUGACGGAUUGUAUUAUGAACGUAUAAUAAAC